AGUUUCUAAAACUAGCGGCGUAUUUUAGACAUCUCUCGACCCAACACAUUCUUCAACGGCUAGUACCUUCAGAAACCCAAGCUGCUCUCAGUACCCGAUCAGUCUCCUCCUACCAGCUUCAGAAAAGCGGCGGGCGGCGGGCGACCGAAAAUCCCCAAGCGAGAAACCCGGCCAUGGCGACCGCCACAGCCACGCAGCACCGCGUGGACCUGGACCUGGAGCUCCCGCUCGGCGGGGCGGCGCCGUUCGACCUGGAGGCGGCCGUGUGCAGCCACGGGCUGUUCAUGAUGGCGCCCAACCGCUGGGACCCUGCCACCCGCGCGCUCCUCCGCCCGCUCCGCCUCCCGUCCUCCUCCUCCGCCGUGCCGCUGCUCGUCCGCGUCUCCGCUCACCCCGCGCGCCCCUCCGACGCGCUCCUCGUCUCCGUCCUCGGCGGCCCCGCCGCCGCCCUCUCCCCGCUCGACCGGGACUGCAUCCUCGGGCAAGUGCGGCGGAUGCUGCGGCUGUCGGAGGAGGACGGCAGGGCGGUGGCGGAGUUCCAGGCGAUGCACGCCGCCGCGAGGGAGGCCGCGUUCGGGCGCAUCUUCCGCUCGCCCACGCUGUUCGAGGACAUGGUCAAGUGCAUCCUCCUCUGCAAUUGCCAAUGGACAAGAACAUUGUCGAUGGCUACUGCACUGUGCGAGCUUCAACGGGACCUGAGACGUUCAUCUGGCACUGAAGAUUUGCAAUUAAGGACGCCUCCAAUCAGGGAGCGCAAAAGGAAGCGCAGCAAGAAUCAGAAAGUUCGUGUCAAGCUAGAAACGAAAUUUACUGAGUUCGGGUGCUUGGAGGAUUCAAAAGUAGCAACCAGUACUACCAAUGAUGAAAAACUGACUGGCUUACCUUUGGUUGCAAGUGAAACAGGCAGUGCAUGUGACUCCUUUGAUCCUUCAGAGCUUAGCUUGAGCGAUGAUCCUUACUCAGAAGAUUGCAUUGGAGAUUUCCCUACGCCAGAAGAAUUGGCCAAUCUUGAUGAAGACUUUUUAGCCAAGCGUUGUAACCUUGGAUAUCGUGCAAAGCGGAUCAUAUUGCUUGCACGUAGCAUUGUAGAAGGACAGUUAUGCCUAGAAAAGCUUGAAGAAAUGCGCAAAAUGUCUUUACCAGCCACGAAAGAGCUGCCUACAAUUCCAUCGACAUACGAAAAACUGAAUGUCCAGUUAUCUGCUAUCUCCGGAUUUGGCCCUUUCACUCGUGCCAAUGUUCUCAUGUGUAUGGGAUAUUUCCACACGAUCCCAGCUGAUACUGAGACAAUUAGGCAUCUAAAACAGUUUCAUAAAAGAGCAAGCAACAUUCAGUCUGUUGGUAAGGAGUUACAUAACAUCUAUGGCAAGUAUGCUCCAUUUCAGUUCUUGGCAUACUGGUUCGAGCUAUGGGGCUUCUAUGACAAAAAAUUUGGGAAGAUCAGUGACAUGGAACCAUCCAAAUACGGGCUAUUUACCGCAAGCCAUUUGAAGAAACCUGUGCCAGUUAGUUAGGAAAUCAGGCAUGAGCCUUUCUUUUCUUUUGCAAACUGGGUCAUACCACAAUCAUCUUACCACAGUAGGGUGUUUUUCGUGAUUGUUGUAAUUGCUGGCUGUUCUGUUGUGGACCUGUGGUGUGUUGGCACGGACUGCUUGUGGUAAACAGAAAGCUCAGAAGUCUAUUUCUCCUGGAUGAACCUUUCUGUGAGAAAGAUUUCCAUCUCAAAUUUAAAGAGAACAAAGUCCUGCAAGUUUCUGAAUUUGUAGCAUUUUGAGA